AUGCCCUCAGCCAUCAGUAUUGGAGUUUUCGCGGGCCUGGGUCUCGCUGCUUCGGCCGUACCUUCUCUCCAGAAGAAUGGCACUACCUGCACCGUCAUCCCCUUAGGGAACGGACAGGAUGAUGUCCCCAACAUCCUCUCGGCCGUUGACGAAUGUGGCCAGACCUCUGGAGGGAGAGUUGUCCUCCCAGCGCCGUAUACCUACCGAAUUAACCAACGGAUGACGACUCACCUGACCGAUUCCCGCCUCGAGAUCGGUGGUACGCUUCUCUUCAGCGACGAUAUCGACUACUGGGUCAACAACUCCUACCGGGUGGACUUUCAGAACCAGUCAAGUGCCUGGCGUGUCACGGGUCAUGACUAUGUUGUGGAUGGAGGUCCACAUCAAGGUGGAGUGGAUGGGAAUGGACAGCUGUGGUACACUUGGGCCAAGGGAGGUAGCAAUGUCUUCGGACGACCGAUGUCAGUGCAUGUGUUCGAGUCGACGCGAGCAACCCUCCGUAACCUGGCAAUCCGGCAGCCUCAGUUUUGGGCUGUUCUUGUCGAUUCCUCUUCGCAUAUCAACCUCGAUAAUUUCUACGUGAAUGCCACAAACCAUGACUCCUCGGUGAGCCCAGAGGGCGAGUGGGUGCAGAAUACGGAUGGGAUCGACACGUACCGAUCCGACCAUAUUACGAUUACCAACUGGGUGUACCAAGGCGGAGACGAUGCAGUGGCUUUCAAAGGGAACUCGACGAACAUCCAUGUGGAGAAUGUCACGGUUUAUGGCGGACCGGGCAUCGCUUUUGGGUCGCUGGGACAAUACCCCGACCGGACGGAUAUUGUGGAGAAUGUGACGGUUCGGAAUGUUCGAGUGCAACCGUCCUUCCAGCGGGCGAUGAAUUCCGGGGUUUACUUCAAGAGCUGGAUUGGGGUCAAUUAUGGUGUUCCUCCGAAUGGUGGUGGAGGCGGCCAUGGAUACGUGCGCAACGUCACAGUCGAAAACCUUCGACUUAAGGAUGUGCAGCUACCUGUGUAUAUUGACACCUGCUUGAGCUAUCUCUUCAGCGAGAACAUCACGCAGAAUUGUGACACAUCGACGUACGAAUUCGAGGACCUCCACUUCAGAAACAUCAGCGGCAAUGGACUCGCAACGGUGACUGAUUACCCCGGGAAGAACAUCAGCUUUGCCGUGUCUUUGCUUUGUUCUGAGAAGGCACCGUGUACGGACUUGACCUUCCAGGACAUCAAUAUUACGCUUCCAGCGAACUAUACUGGCAAACAUGUACUGUGCGAGAAUGCUGAGGUGGAGGGGCUCCCAUGCAAUUCGUGA